UGAUCGCUCGGUGUGAAUUCCGUGUCCGCCUGAAAUCAUGUCGUCUGCUGAGCCCGCUGCCGGAGGUGAUGCCUCCUCAAGUAACCGGCGUCUACAACAGACGCAGGCGCAAGUCGAUGAGGUGGUUGAUAUCAUGAGAGUAAAUGUGGAUAAGGUCCUGGAGAGAGAUCAGAAGCUGUCUGAGCUGGAUGACCGAGCAGACGCCCUCCAAGCCGGUGCCUCUCAGUUUGAGACCAGUGCAGCUAAGCUGAAGCGGAAAUACUGGUGGAAGAACUGCAAGAUGUGGGCAAUACUCAUAGCUGUUAUUGUGAUAAUAAUCAUCAUCAUUAUUGUGGCGGGUGUUUCGUGAAUGCUUGACGACUCGCAAAUCCCGACUGAAAGCGUGCCUAGUCCACAGUUCUCUAUAUCAAAUCUGCUGUAUUAAAGGGUAUAUAUUCUGGCCAUAUAGCCAACUGAUUUUUUUUUUUUUUUAAAGUUCAGAAUUAAUGUUUGUUUCAUUUAGAGUUAAGUGCCUUUUACUGAAAAACAGAACACUCCGUAUUUUAAAUGCUAGCGAGAGCACCAGCAGCGCCAUGCACUGUGCCUUAAAGGAGCGGAGCGCGUGAUACUUUCGUUCCAGCCUUUGCUUCUGUCCUCCACAGCUUCCAAUGUACAUUUUAAUGAGCUAA